AUGGAUUUAAACGCUCACCAUCAACCACCCAAGAGACCCCCAUCCGGGCAUGCAGGCAGAGAGAGUUGCUGUGUCUUCAAACAAGCCUUUGAUGUGGGAAAUUUAAAGAGCAAGUGUGUCAAUAUCUCCCUCCAUCCUUCCAUCGCUCCUGCACACUCAUCCAUUUCCCUUCCUUCCAUCUUUUCCUUUCUGCUCCCUUUCUUCUUUAUGGCUGACCCAACAAAACCAGACUGUGACCCUGCAACCGCAAAACCUCCUCACACCCUAUGUGUAUUGCUGGGUGACUCCUCUUCGCUGCUCCUCUCACUGCUGUUGGCUCAGCUGCAUCUCUUAACGUCGGCCUUCCCUUCCCGGAGAUUUCAUCCUGACUUUGACAAGCUGACCAAUCAGACCAGACACCUUCUCAAGCUGACUCAGGAUCUACUGAAAGAUCCCGUGUUUGGCACGGAGGUUGAUCACCACAGGUUCAAGUCUCUUCCAGCGAUCAAUAGCAAAGUCGGUGACCUUAACAAUCUGGAGUUCAAGCCUACUCUUUCUCAACUCCAUGCAGACCUAAAGUCAUUUGAGCAUCAUUUUGAGUGGCUGAACAGAAUAACACGCAGACAGCACCACAGCUCAGUACCAAAGUUGACAGACAUGAUCUCCCAUAUUAAAAGCCUUAUAAACUCCUUACAGCGUCAGAUGACACGAGCAGAGGCUCCCCGGAUCCCCGUCCCCUCUCCAUCGCUCCCACCUACUCCCGCUUACCACUGGGAAGUGGUUCAGUCGUCCCAGGAACUCCUGCAGCAGUUCAGACUCUUCUGUGAUUGGGCAUCACGAGUAUUCCUUACUUUUAAAUCUAAAUUGCCAGCAUGAAGACACACUUAAACAACAUCUGGCAGUGAAUUACAAUACAGCAUAGACGGGCAGGACUCGGUGACAACUACAGCCAGAUCUGCACGACGGACAUAAGCAGUAAUGCAACAAAUGGUAGCCUGUGUAGUAAGUGUAGUUUGUGCUGCCAUUACUAGUCCACUGGCACAUUGCACCAGCAGUUCAAAAGGCUAUAGUCACAUGGCUGGAUAUUGAGAUCUUUAUCAGUGAAGAAGUCUGAUCAUGAACUUACAGUUCAGUGUACCUGCUCCGGUCGACACCCUGCUUUUGAUGUUUAGUUUAACUUUAAACCUUCAUUUGCUUUUCUUUUUAUACCAUUUUUUCAGACCUGAUUGUUAUUUAUGUAUUUAUUUAUUUAUUAAUUAGUUAUUUAUUUUAUACUAUUUAUUUGAUUUUCUCGAUAAAUAUGUCAACAAAAUUGUCAACGUUCUUUAGGUCAGGAAGUAAAAUGUACUUUCUUUCUUUCUUCCUUUGAUUUCUAUGUGUCCUACAGCUUUUCCUGUAUCACAAAAAGCACAUCACCAACUUUUUCUGUUUC